AGGAUUUCCUGUGAUCGCCCGGCUCCCCGGGGCCGAGGUGCGCGCGCCCUGCAGGACCGACCGACCUCGGCCCUGCCCGGGCAGGAGUCGCUUAAAGAUUAACUUUCUGGGCUGGCGGUGCCCAAGUGCGUCUCAAAGAUUGGAAACUUGCGCGGGCGGGAGGCUGCAGCGCGGCUGCUCUUUCAACAGGCGAUUUGUUCUCCUGUCUGGGGCUCAUUUCCAUGCAAAGCGCCUGACAUCAGAGCACCUUUUGUUGCUAAACGCUUUCUGAAGCAUCGAGGGGAGGGAGUCCGGGGCGGCUGGAAGAGCUCAUUUUGCAGAAAGGGGGUCCGGGGAGGGCCUUGGCGGUUUCCGAGGCACCGCGGUCACGCCCGCCCGGCCCUGCCCAGACUUGCCAGGAGCAAAAAAGAGUCGCGUGCCUGCGUGAGUUGGUUCCCGUCCCGGGGAGGAACGGCUUGGCAGUGUGUUUCUCGGCGGCUGGGCGGCCAACGUUCCCCGCCGUCAAGCCGGGUGGUGCGAACUCUGCCUCCUGCCUUCUCCCCCGAAAGGCCCGGGCGCAGCCGGGCCGGGCCGGGCAAAAGUUUUCUUUCUGGAGUUGUCAGUUCGCGCCGUCACCUAAGAGCCGAGGAGCCGCGAGCGCCCGGCCGCGGCCCGGGGUGGGGGAUGCUGCGCGGGGGCGCGGCUCGCUGACGCGGCGGGCGGGGACCGGGGCCGGGGGGCCGGGCGCGCGCGCUCCUGCGGGCACCGGGGCGCCGCGGGGAGCCGGACGCACGGCCCGCGCCGGGAUCGGCCAUGGAAGAGGACGCGGGAGCGGCUGGCCCCGGGCCCGAAGCGGAGCCCGAGCCCCAGCCCGUGGCCGAGGAGCCGGAGGCGGCUGCUGGCAUGUCCGAGGGCUUCUCCCGGCUCUGGACCGACGUGAUGGGCAUCCUGGACGGCUCCCUGGGCACCAUCGAUGACCUGGCGCAGCAGUACGCAGACUAUUACAACACCUGCUUCUCCGACGUGUGCGAGCGCAUGGAGGAGCUGCGGAAGCGGCGCGUCUCCCAGGACCUGGACGUGGAGAAACCCGAUGCCAGCCCCACGUCACUUCAGCUGCGGUCCCAGAUCGAAGAGUCCUUGGGCUUCUGCAGUGCUGUGUCGACCCCAGAAGUGGAAAGAAAGAACGCUCUUCACAAGUCCAACUCGGAGGACGGCUCUGUAGGAAAAGGAGAUUGGAAGAAGAAAAAUAAGUAUUUCUGGCAGAACUUCCGAAAGAACCAGAAAGGCAUAAUGAGACAGACUUCAAAAGGAGAAGACGUGGGCUAUGUUGCAAGUGAGAUCACAAUGAGUGACGAGGAGCGGAUCCAGCUGAUGAUGAUGGUCAAGGAAAAGAUGAUCACCAUUGAGGAAGCUCUUGCAAGGCUCAAGGAGUAUGAGGCCCAGCACCGCCAGUCAGCCGCCUUGGACCCUGCCGACUGGCCUGAUGGUUGUUACCCAACAUUCGAUGGCUCUUCAAAUUGCAAUUCAAGAGAACAGUCGGAUGAUGAGACGGAGGAGUCGGUGAAGUUUAAGAGGUUACAUAAGCUGGUCAACUCCACUCGCCGAGUGAGAAAGAAACUCAUCCGGGUGGACGACAUGAAAAAGCCCAGCACGGAAGGCGGGGAGGAGCACCUAUCAGAGAACGCCCCCGUCUUGGAUGAGAGGGCCGCCCUCUACUCCGGGGUGCACAAGAAACCCUUCUUCUUCGACACCCCACCCGAGAAACCUCUGGGAGAUGAGCCCGACUCGGCCGCCAGCACCUCGCCCUCGUCGGGCAGCCUGGACACCUGGGGCGCGGGGCGGAAGCUGGUCAAGACCUUCAGCAAAGGCGAGAACCGGGGCCUCAUCAAGCCUCCCAAGAAGAUGGGCACGCUGUUCUCCUACCCCGAGGAGGAGAAGGCCCAGAAGGUGUCACGCUCCCUGACCGAGGGGGAGAUGAAGAAGGGGCUGGGGUCCCUGAGCCACGGGGUAAGUACGGAUGGGGUGUGCUUGUAUGACCACCGCCGCAGGCACCACCUCCUGGUGUCCCUGGAGGAGAUCCAGAGCGUCCGCAAGCAGAUCCGCCUGAAGAAGAGCGAGCCGGCCUACUCGUGUUCCAGAGCCUUCCUCUGCCAUCGCCCCUCGCGCAAGGGGGGCCACAGCCUCCCCUGUGACCUGCAGCUGCUGCGGCCCAAAGCCAAAGGGGGAGGCGGCGGCGGGGGCUGCGGCCCACCCGGCAGGAGGGUGCGCGGGCGCCCCUCGGUCAGCGAGUUCAAUAUCACCUACGUGGUGGAGCGGAGCCUGUACAGCCACCUCAACUUGACCCAGCUCGUGCGGCCUGCCCCAGACAGGACCCUGAGCAAGGCCGAGAAGCAGGACCUGAGGCGGUGCCUGCUGGAGGAGGAGGAGGAGGCCAGGAGGAAGUGGGCCGCCACGGUGGACCGCUGUACUAAAAGGGUUCUCUUGAGAAUCCACCAGAAGUCCAGAACCUGCAGCUUCGGGGGCUUCGACCUGACAAACCGUUCUCUACACAUUGGCACGAGCAACUCGGACCCACUGGGUAAAGAAGGGGAGUUUGUGUACAAGGAAGUCAUCAAAUCCCCCACGGCCUCCCGCAUCUCCCUCGGGAAAAAGGUGAAAUCUGUGAAGGAGACAAUGAGGAAGAGGAUGUCGAAGAAGUACAGCGGCUCUGUCUCUGGCCAGGACUCGGGCCUCGAGGGCAUGCCUGGCUCCCCUCCCGCCUCCCAGCCGGAUGCAGAGCACGCCGACAAGCCCAAGCUCAAAGCCGGAGGCUCCGUGGAGAGUCUGCGCAGUUCCCUGAGCGGGCAGAGCUCCAUGAGCGGCCAGACGGUCAGUACCACCGACUCGUCCACCAGCAACAGGGAGAGCGUCAAGUCGGAGGACGGCGACGACGAGGAGCCGCCGUACCGGGGCCCCUUCUGCGGCCGCGCCAGGGUGCACACGGACUUCACGCCCAGCCCCUACGACACCGACUCGCUCAAGCUCAAGAAAGGAGACGUCAUUGAUAUCAUCAGCAAGCCGCCCAUGGGCACCUGGAUGGGCCUGUUGAACAACAAGGUGGGCACGUUCAAGUUCAUCUACGUGGACGUGCUCAAUGAGGAGGAGGAGAAACCCAAGCGCCCAGCCCGGAGGCGGCGGAAAGGGAGGCCCCCCCAGCCCAAGUCCGUGGAGGAUCUGCUGGACCGGAUCAAUCUGAGGGAGCACAUGCCCACGUUCCUGUUCAAUGGCUAUGAAGACCUGGACACCUUUAAGCUCCUGGAGGAGGAAGACUUGGACGAGUUAAACAUCAGGGACCCAGAGCACAGGGCCGUGCUGCUGACCGCGGUGGAGCUCCUGCAGGAGUAUGACAGUAACAGCGACCAGUCUGGGUCCCAGGAGAAGCUGCUUGUUGACAGCCAGGGCCUGCGGGGCUGCUCGCCGAGGGACUCGGGAUGCUAUGAAAGCAGCGAGAACCUGGAGAACGGCAAAACUCGGAAGACUGGUCUCCCGUCCGCCAAGUCGUCGGCCGAGGGCAGCCUUCUGAAGCCUUUCGGGAAGGGCCAGCUGGGCACCUACCCAACCCUGCCGCUGGCCAAGCCGGGGGCCGGCACACAGCCCGGAGAGGCGGGCGGCGCCCCCGCGCCCCAGCUCUGCGUGCCCCAGCCCUGCGCGCCGGCCUCGAACCCAAACCGGAGAAGCCUCCCGGUGACCAUCAUCUGCCGUAGCUGCGAGAGCCUGGACGGCGCCCAGCCCGGGGGGCAGUGGCCGCGCUCCCACUCCCUGGACGCCCUCCAGGGCGAGUCGGAGACCGGCCCGGCCCCGCCUCGCCAGGGCCCGGCGCCCCCCACCCCCAGGGCCCCCGCCGUGCCCCCCAAGUCCAGCCCCUGCCCCCCGCGGGGUGACCCCGCGGCUGACCACGCGCCACCACGGCUACUGACCCAAAGCAAGAGGUCGUCGGAGCCCCAGAAGGCGACGGCGGCUAAGAAACUGGACGGCCCCCCUGCCGCGCCGGCUGUGCCCCCCCACGCCGACGCCCCACCGCCCCCCGCGGCUAAGCCCGCGUUGACAAGGACCUCCCUCGACGGCACCCGAAGAGGGCACGGCCCCGAAGGACCUUGCCAGCCCCUCCCCGGCGGCAGCGACGGGCCCGAGCCCGAGGGCAGGGCCCCCCCGGCCAGGAACCCGGCGCAGCCGCCCCCGGUGCCCGCCAAGAAGAGCCGCGAGCGCCCGGCUCUGGCCAACGGGCUCCCCGCGCCCGACGCGCCCGGCCUGCCCGCCAAGAGGACCCCCGGCGACUGCCCGCGGCCCCCCGGCAGCCCCCCCAGCGCCCGGCCGCCCCCCUGGCUGGCAGAGCUGCCCGAGAGCACCAGCCUGCAGGAGCACGGCGUGAAGCUGGGCCCCGCCGCCGCCAGGAAGGUGCCCUGCGCGCGGCCCGUCCACCUGGAGACGCUCACCGAGGACAAGCUGCGCGCGGAGGGCAUCGACCUCACCGAGGAGCCCUACUCCGACAAGCACGGCCGCUGUGGCAUCCCCGAAGCCCUGGUGCAGAGAUAUGCAGAGGACUUGGAUCAGCCCGAGAGAGACGUGGCAGCCAACAUGGACCAGAUCCGGGUGAAGCAGCUCCGCAAGCAGCACCGCAUGGCGAUCCCGAGCGGCGGCCUCACGGAGAUCUGCAGGAAGCCGCUGUCCCCAGGCUGCGUCUCGUCCGUGGCCGAGUGGCUGGUGUCCAUCGGGCUGCCCAUGUACGCCGGCGCGCUCACACAGGCCGGCUUCUGCACGCUGGGCCAAGUGCCUUCUCUGUCCCACUCUUGCCUUCAGGAGGCUGGCAUCACAGAGGAGAGGCACAUCAGCAAGCUCGUGUCCGCAGCCAGACUCUUCAAACUGCCACCCGGGCCCUAAGGGACCUCCCUGGACCAGAGGCCCCUUGUCACUGUGCUGUCAACUCGGAGGCGAACCCGCCCUCGUGGGACCUUUGCAAAUUCCCCAGAAACAGGCACCGGGUGCGGCCAGAGAACGGGAGCCUGCCACGGGACAGAUGAGCCUCUCUUCUCCACUACAACCCCCCCCCGCCCCACCCCCCCAGGACAGGGAAGAGGUCCACCCCCCGUCACACAUACACAGAGAGAAGACAAGCACUUAUUUUUGUUUUAAGAACACAGGAUGAACCACGAUGCCAAGUUGCCACAAACGUGGUACCCGGCCGCUGUGUGCUGGGUGGGGGCUGGGGGCAAGUGGCAGGGUGGCCCCACCCCUUCUCUGUCACUCCACAGGAGCCCCCCUCCCCCCAUCCAGUCCCUCCGUGCACCUUAGCUGGGCCAAAAUACCAGACUCGGGGGGAUUCUACUCUAUUCACCACGCCCAUUUGUUCAUCAGUAAAACCCGGCUGCAUUCGGAAACAAAACAAAAAAAGUCCUGUUCUCCUUUAGACACAAGAGACAUUUUAAUAAUUGCUUUCUUGCAAUCAGCUUUUAUUUGCCUUAAUAUGAGCUUUUACGCAGUUAAUCUAACUCGUGUUCACUGCCCUCGUGUAACCAUAGUCCAGAUCUCCAGCUGAAACUGCCGUCUACCCCCGUCUGGGCUGGGGGCCCCCCCACAACAUGGGCUUUUCUCUUUCUCACUCUAACCAGGCUGAUUUUUGUAAGUUGUUGUUGUUGUUGUUGUUUUUCCUUUUUAACAGGCACAAUUUUCCUGUUGGCUUUUGGUUUUGAAACUUAACUACAAAGCCAGGAGAAGCUCUCAGAAAUUCACAAAGAAAUGUGUAUGUGUAUGUGUGUGCCUAUGUGGUGUGUGUGUGUGUGGGGGGGGGGUGGAGAGAGAGAGAGAGAGAGAGAGAGAGAGAGAACUAUUUCUCCUUUUGCCCAGUUGAGCAUUGGUUCCAUAUUGGUCACAAGCUGUGUCAAAUUGGCCAUGACCAUAGUGAAAUGCAGUCACAGCUAACAGAUCACCUUUGCAAAAAAAGUUCUUAUGAGGAUAAAUAUUUUUUCAGAAGCGAGAGUCAUUAAUGGAAGGUCUGUUUUUUUUUUGGUUCUGUUUUAUGAUUAAGACCACCGCUACCCUUCAUUUAUUUGGGUAAUUCUUUUAAUUCAAAUAGAGGGUCACUGGAGCCAAACCAACCACCUUAGCAUUUCAGGAAUGGCCUAUUUUCUAUUCACUUGUUUUCCAGCUGAUGUCAGCCUCGGCUGUUCUCUUUUUCAUUCAUGUCCGACCUUUCUAGUAUGUCAGCAUUGGGAUCACUAUGUCAUGGAAGGUUUCCAUUGCUUAUGAACUGAUCCUCUCUUCGCUUCCGUAUGUGAAUCCCAGGCUCGGAGAGCAGUCUUUCCCAGCAGGAACUCUCGGACCCCAAAGCCUGGAUGAAAAAGUUCCCAAAGUAUUCAUCUCCUUAUAAAAACCGGUCAUUUCCCUCAGGGAAGAGAGAGCGAGGUCACUCAUGACAAAGCCAUCUUGAGCCUUUGUUUCUGCAGAAAAGGACAAUCUCAGGUGAUGUGGGGCUCACGCAUGGACCUGCAUUUUCUAAAGGAGAUGUUUCUUCCAUGAGCUUCGAUUUCUUCAAGAUGCUCCAUGGAGAGGGGGUACAAAUGCCAGACACCAAAACUGCCAAAUUCCUAUUGAGCCCCAACUCAUAGCUAACAUGUCUUAUGCAGGGCCAUGCGUGACCUUCCCCGGAAUGGGACCCAUUUGUAAAGUAUUGACCUGACUGCUGAAUAUUUUCAGGACCAGGGGGGUCGGGUGCUGUAAACGGGUCUCCUCAUCCUGACCCAAGUCUCCUUCUCCAGACUCGACCUUCAGGGGAUCAUGCCCCAGGUGGGAGCUGAGCGCACAGCCCCCUGGGAAAUAUGCACUAGGUUAAAAAGGGGUUGGGGAGAGCGUAUGCCAAUCUCCAAGGGUUAGUUCAUUUUCUGUGGAAGGUUUUCGCAGAAGGAGUAAAAGUGGCAAGAGAAAGGAGAACUUGGUGCAUCUGAGGCUUUGAAAAUGCCAGUGUGUCUGUGUUACCUUUUGGAAUUCAUCGUUUCUGCCGCGAAAAAGCAAAUUCAGGAGUCCGUUUUCGUCGUAAGAUUUUUAGAUGCUGAGACGUUCAAAGUUGAUUUUAUUGUGCUUCUUGUUUUAAUGUUUAAAAAAAUUUUUAGUCGUUGUUGGACUAUCUUUGCUAGAAAACUGUGUGUGUGUGUGUGUGUGUGUGUGUGAGAGAGAGAGAGAGAGAGAGAGAGAGAGAGAGAGAAAGAGAGGGGGGGGGAGAGAGAGAGAGAGAGCUGACAGGUGGUUUGGGGACACCAGUAGAUGUCACAGCGAGUCAGGUGGAAGCUUGGGCAAGGUUCCAUUUUCAUCAGUCGACCUUUGUACAGAAUGUUAAGAAACAGUCUGAAAAUGAUCUUUGAAAAGCACAAAAGAAAUCUGGGAAAGCAGUUUGGCUCAGGUAGCUACACAUGGCCUGUGUGUGAGUUGUGACUUUUGAAAGCCGUCUGGAAGGAAUUGCCACCCACCCCAGCAACUGUUGACAUUCCGCAGAGACAAGAGGCAGAUGGAUUCUCACGGCCUUGCCUUAGGCGGAGGCCCCUCGUCCUGCCUCAGACCCCUAGCACGGGUGAAAUGGGAAACGCUGCGUCUGUCGCAGACCCACUCCUCACGUAGCGGAGUUCGCUUUCGUAACUGCAGCCAAGGACAUCGGUGUGGCCAGGCAAUGCUGCGUGUGCGUGCUGUUUGAUUUUAAGAGGAAAAGGAAAAAAAAGUAGCCCAAGUUAUCUUAAUUUUUAAAUUGAUAGAGAAACCAGUUGAGCAAGUUAUAUAACAACUAACAACAUUGCACUUUCUGUAUAUGAAAUCAAUAUUUAAAUAACUUAUUUUUCUCCAUUGCUGUUCUUAAACAUUGUAAGUAGCUGUAAUAUACCAGUACCAAUGUUCUUGCAAUUGCUUCGGCCCGAGAAAGCUGUGUAUUGUUUUAAAAAUUGUAAAAAUUACUGUGAUGAUUCAUCUAGCAAAAAAGAAAGGUGGACAAAAGGGUUUUCCUAUGUAUCAAAACUUGUCUAUAAUUAUGUCAUCUAUGUACCUAGGGGGGGGAAAAAAAGCAAAUAAAUUUCUCCAGUUGA